AGCCACCACCCGUCAGCUUCCUCUACCACCUUCAGCUGGAGGUGCAUGGACUGAGCCGGGGUGGGUGGGUUGGUGUAUGUCUCGCUGUAGCUGCUGCACUGAACUCCCGGUGAAUGUGCGCGGAGUGCCGCCGCCACCUCCUCGUUGUGCCGCCGCCGCCACAGCCCGGUUCGGCUCCCACCUCCCCCUCCCGGGGUGACCAGCCUCCUCCCACUUCUUAAGAAACAGAUUUGGCAUCCUCCCUCUCUCCCCCUCCCAACCACGAAACACACACGCGUCUCUUCUCCCUCUUUUAUUUUCUUUAUUUCUUUCUUAAACUCCCCGCUCCCUCCCCCCCUCCGGGGGGUGGGAGAGCUCUCUUGAUUAAAAAAAAAAAAUCUGUGAUUUUUCUCUUUACUCCGUUUACAUCUCAUUCCCUCAUCACCUACGUUCUGUUUAGGAGACCCUUCUUUUCCUUUUUCCCCUCAUUUCUUUUCUUCCUAUCUCCCUCUCCCCUCCCCCCUGCUCCCUCCAGUGUUUGUGUUUUUCACUGUUGGACGGGAGUGAUGUUGCACGUGGAGAUGUUGAUGCUGGUGUUUCUGGUGCUCUGGAUGUCUGUGUUCAGCCAGGAUCCUGGUUCCAAAGCUGUCGCUGAUCGCUACGCUGUCUACUGGAACAGCACCAACCCCAGAUUCCAGAGAGGAGACUACCACAUCGAUGUCUGUAUUAAUGACUACCUGGAUGUGUUCUGCCCUCACUAUGAGGACUCAGUCCCUGAAGAUAAGACAGAACGCUAUGUCCUAUACAUGGUGAACUUUGAUGGCUAUAGCUCCUGUGACCACACCUCCAAAGGGUUCAAGAGGUGGGAAUGUAAUCGACCUCAUUCUCCAAAUGGACCACUGAAAUUUUCUGAAAAAUUCCAGCUCUUCACUCCCUUCUCUCUAGGAUUUGAGUUCAGGCCAGGCCGGGAAUAUUUCUACAUCUCCUCAGCAAUCCCAGAUAAUGGAAGGAGGUCCUGUCUAAAGCUCAAAGUCUUUGUUCGACCAGCAAACAGCUGUAUGAAAACUAUAGGUGUUCAUGAUCGUGUUUUCGAUGUUAACGACAAAGUAGAAAAUUCAUUAGAACCAGCAGAUGACACCGUACACGAGUCAGCCGAGCCAUCCCGUGGUGAGAAUGCGGCACAAACACCAAGGAUACCCAGUCGGCUUUUGGCAAUCCUGCUGUUUCUCCUGGCGAUGAGUUUGACAUUAUAGCACACUUUACUCCAGUAACCUGUCACAGAAAACAUCAGGAUCUUGGAACAUCAGAGAUCCACCUAACUGCUCAUCCUAAGAAGGGGACUUUUUUUAUUGGUUUUUGCAGAUGUCAGAUUUCUUUUUUUUUUUUUCUCCUUUCAGCCUGAACUAUAAGCAGCAACUGGGGAGGCAUAACUAGUUUCUGUCUCCCAUUCCCUUUUGCUCAUGAUUUUUCUUACCCUUUCCAAAUUAAGUGGACUCCAGAUGAAAAAGCCAAAUUGUUAUAAUGACACCAGUUAUUCUUAUGCUCCUGUGCAUUCUCUUCAAAGGACUCACCUCCGUUAGCUUAACUGCGAUAUCAGUAUGUGGACAAGGAAGAAUAGUGGCAGAUGCAGUCAGUGAAGGAAAAGCCCAGGAGGAUUUUACUCUCCUAUACAAUAUUUAUGCCUUCUCAUUCAGUACUGUAAGAUGAUCAUGCAGGGCAUCUUGUCACCAUGUCAGGACUGGAGGGGAGAUAUUAACAAUAGAUAUAAUGUAACAUCAUUUCCUCUAGGAGUUCCUAAAUUAGCAGGCUUCUAAAAGGUAAAGACACUGGUUUUUAUUUUUUUUAAAUGACUGUCCUAAAGAAAUCCUGACAGUAAGACUUGUGCUCCAUUGCAGAAGCUUUGUUUUGAAAGGAGGUUACAUGUACAGAUAUUAACACAAAGCAAGCAUGGUACCAUAGAUAGCAGUACACUGGGGGUAUGUAUGUGAGUGCCUCUAUUUUUUUUUUUUUUGUAACUGGGAAGCACAUACCAGUUUUUUUUCCCUUUGAAAAUAGAUCACCAUGGUGCUACAAUGUUUUUGUUUGUUUAUUUGUUUUACAAACACAAAGAGGCAUUUUUAUGAAUAAAGUGACCUUCCCCAGGGCUGACAAGCCAGGGUUGAUGAGUGGAUAGAGUAUGUAGCCUGGCAUAUCCCUCUGGGAAAUGAUAACGUACCAAGGAAAGAACAUCACUGGCCAGAGGAAAUGUGAUUCUGGAACGCUAGUUCUCCAGUGCUUUAUUGCCUUCCCCUGACUCUCUCCUUUUACUCCCCCCCCCCCAAAAAAAGCAAAAUGAAACAAAACAGAUCCUGCCUUGAAACUCACUCCUUGCUACACUUUCCACCACUACCACAGGGGAAGCUAAAUAAAACCCCUGUCACCAGGAGAGUCAGUCAACAUUGAUUGGGUGGGCAAAAGGGAAAACUGGAAUAAAAAUUCAACUGUUGUUUCUAUAUUCUUUCCCUUUCAAAUACAGCUUAAAGAGUAGGGGGGAACAUGUGUUUAUCCACAGGAGAUUAACUAGAUGGGGUCCCAAAGACUUUAACAAAAUAUUUUUUUAAAGAUCCACUAGAAUAGAAAAUACAUUAUUUAGAUAUACUUUAUGCUGAGAGUGAGUAUAUAUGCUUGUCCUAUUUAAACUUGUGAGAGAUGUGGUAUCCCUUUGAUACAUUUAGGAAUGUGGGGAAAUAUCUUGUUUCUUGAAAAAAAAAAGCAGGAUGACCCUGUUCAAAGAAUCUUAG